AUGUCGCCCGCCCUGAUCACAACCUCAUUCCUGCUGGCCAAUCUUCACUGUCCCUCGUGUGUAUCUCAUAUAAUCGAUACCCUCCUCGCCCUUUAUCCAACCCCCGCCUCGGUGUCACCCUCCCUGCUGUCCUCGUGGGUGACAAUUAAACACGAAGAACCACUAUCGGUCCACGACAUCCGAGAGGCUCUUGAACAGGCGGGAUUCGAUGUUUGCGACACCACGACCGAUUCAAGACUACCCGCGGGGAAAUCAUACGUCACAAGCAAUGGAGACAUUGGCUAUCUCGAUCGCUUCAUACACAGAUUAGCGCCCCAAGCCCCGGCAAAAUCGAAAUAUCCCUUUCGGCACAUUCAGAACUGCGACGCUUGUCGGGUGAAGGACGCGGGACAAGGACAACAUGGCCGCAACUCCAAAGAUGCUGAUAUUGGGACCACCGCCGUCGACGAUGGAGGCCAAAGUAUCUCCAACACGAUGGCGAAGGGGAAGACCAUCCCGUCCUUGGUCGUCGUUGACUCGACGCCCAGCAAUACAGAUACCGGCACAUUUAGAAUUUCGUUGGCCGUUGGUGGGAUGACCUGCGCUUCGUGUGUCGGUGCCAUUACCACAGAGCUUGCGAAGAAAGACUGGAUUAAUAACGUCGUGGUCAACCUCAUUUCGAACAGCGCCACCGUCGAUUUCGCUGGCGAGGAACACAAGAACGAGAUUGUCCAGGCCAUCGAAGAUAUUGGAUACGAUGCGGCUAUCGAUAGUGUAGUUAGUCUCGCAUCCCUUCAGGAGAAUGCGCCAGAGACUGUGGUUCGUACAGUUGAGCUCCUGGUGGAUGGAAUGUAUUGUGAGCACUGCCCAGACAAAGUCAUGGCCACUCUCGACACAUGGGGCGAUCGUGUGAAGAUCGAAAGGGAGAUGGACCUUCAAAAUCCGAUUCUGAAGAUCAGCUACACUCCUGACGCCCCAAACUUCACCAUCCGGAGCAUCGUCGAAGCAAUUUCAGGAAUUGAUGACUCUAUCAGGCCUUCCAUCUAUCACCCACCCACUCUCGAAGAACGAUCACGGCAGAUCCAUAGACGCGAGCAGCUUCGAAUCCUUAUACGAGUCAUUAUCGCUCUACUCGUUGCCAUUCCGACAUUCAUUAUCGGCAUCGUAUUCAUGAGUCUCGUGCCCGCCGAUAAUGCAGGGCGAGAGUUCCUGGAGCGCCCGCUCCGGGCCGGCAUCAGUCGAACCCAAUGGGCGCUCUUCAUCAUGGCAACGCCCGUUUACUUUCUGUGCGCUGAUGUCUUCCACGUUCGGGCGUUGAAGGAGAUUAGAUCCAUGUGGAGGCGUGGUAGCAAGACCCCGUUUCUACAACGGUUCUAUCGCUUUGGAAGCAUGAAUAUGCUCAUGUCACUUGGGACGUCGAUUGCAUACAUAUCUUCGACUGCGCAGCUAGUCGCAGCAGGUGUUCACCCUGAGAUGAAGUCGGAUAACACCACUCUCUAUUUCGAUUCAGUGGUUUUCUUGACCUUGUUCCUUCUUAUUGGCCGUCUGAUCGAAUCUUAUAGCAAAUCAAAGACCGGAGAUGCGAUCACACUGCUCGGCAAAUUGAGACCUACUGAGGCUCUCUUGGUAGUUCCCGCUGCAGCUAAUGCUGACACAGCAGAUGAGAAAAUUACUGGGCAGGAAAUCAUCGAAAGAUCGAGACCAGAGGCUAUGCAAAGGGUAAGUGUCGACCUUCUGGAAUUUGGAGAUAUUGUCAAAAUCCUACAUGGCGGAUCUCCGCCCUGUGACGGAACUGUCAUUCAAGGGGAGACAAAAUUCGACGAGUCAAGUCUCACCGGGGAAUCGAGACCUGUCAAAAAGACUAUAGGCGACGAAGUAUUUUCAGGAACAGUUAACCAAGAUACACCCAUAUCGAUUAGAAUUUCCGGCGUCGCUGGGUCAUCGAUGCUCGAUCAGAUUGUCAAAGCCGUUCGGGAAGGUCAAACUCGCCGUGCUCCAAUCGAACGUGUUGCAGACAGCAUGACCAGCUACUUCGUUCCAGCCGUUACCUUCACCGCCAUCCUCACUUGGGUUAUUUGGCUAUCUCUAGGGUUUUCCGGGGCGCUCCCAGAUCACUUUUUAGGUCAUGGAUCUGGAGGUUGGGUCUCGUGGUCCCUACAAUUUGCCAUCGCGGUCUUCGUUGUUGCGUGCCCAUGUGGGCUUGCUCUUGCAGCGCCCACCGCAAUCUUCGUAGGUGGUGGUCUAGCAGCGCAACACGGAAUACUGGUGAAAGGUGGAGGUGAAGCCUUCGAAAAGGCGAGCAGACUAAACUGUGUCGUCUUUGAUAAGACUGGAACUUUGACAAUGGGCGGCGAGCCGGUAGUCACUGACUUCCAACUCUUUCCAACUGAUGUUAAACUAGGGAUCGACGAUAAAGAGCAGGAAAAGUCGAUUCUCGGAAUGGUCAGUGCGAUUGAAGAUCAGAGCAGCCAUACGGUUGCCAAAGCAUUGAAAUUAUUGUGCGGGAGUGUUGAAACCAAGCAUGCGGAGUUAGAUCAUGUGGAGGAGAUCGCGGGUAGAGGGAUGCGAGGAACAUCACUCAUUGACAGCAACAACACAGCAAAUAUCAUCAUCGGCAACGAGCAGCUUAUUUCGGAUAAUGCUGUAUCUGUCUCCGAAUCGAUUCAGGCGACACUGGAGUCGUGGAAAUCUCAGGGACGAUCAGUAGCUCUAGCAGCUGUACAAGUUACCACCAACGACAACAAGAUUGACGACGCUGAAAGAAACCCCUGGCACCUCGCGGCAAUAUUUGCCAUCUCAGAUCCGAUCCGGCCAGAAGCACCUAGCAUCAUAAAGGCCCUCAGAAAGCGCGGCUUGGAUGUCUGGAUGUUAUCCGGCGACAAUCAGAUCACUGCCAACGCAAUUGGUGUCCAAGUCGGUAUUCCAUCCGAGAACAUUAUCGCCGGCGUCCUCCCAAGCCAGAAAGCAGAGAAGAUCCAAUACUUACAGAGAUCACUUAAGGCGCGCACAGCUUCCGGAUCCGAACACACCCAAAAGCGAGCCAUGAUCGCAAUGGUGGGGGACGGAAUCAACGACUCGCCGGCGCUCACGACCGCAGACGUGGGGAUUGCGAUCGGUUCUGGCUCUGAUAUCGCGAUCUCUUCGGCUGAAUUCGUGCUCAUAUCAAGCCACCUCAAUAGUUUGAUUACGCUAGUCGACCUCAGUAAAAUCGUCUUCCGACGCAUCAAAUUCAACUUCGGCUGGGCCCUGGUGUAUAACAUGAUUGCUUUGCCCGUUGCUGCGGGGGCGCUAUAUCCGUUGACCACUGGCGGAAACCAUGUUAGGUUGGAUCCCGUAUGGGCUAGUCUGGCAAUGGCGGCGAGCAGUAUUAGUGUUGUUCUUAGUAGUCUUGCGUUGAGGAGUAGGCUUCCUUGGGUGGGGUUUACUCCCCGAGACGUAGAAGAAUCGUAG